AUGUUGUCUGUUAGCGCUGACGAUACGAUAAAAAAAUGGAUGAAUGUCGUGAUAAAAUCAGAAGCAAGAGAGAAGAAAAUAAAGAGAAGCAGAUCGCUACACCCACUACGCAGCUUCUCUCGUUUUUGUUCUUUUCUUCUUUCUUUCUGUCUGUGUUUCCUUCUUUCUUUCUUUCAUUCUCUUUUUUCUUUCUUUGAUCACGCUUGUUUGAAUUCUUUCUUUCUUUCUUUCUUUGAUCACGCUUGCUUCUUUUCAUUCUUCUUUUAUUUUUAUUUUCCUUCUUUCUUUUCUCAAUUUUUCUUUCUUUCUUUCACCAUGCAUGUUUGCUUUCUGUCUUUCGCUCUUCCUUUCCUUUCCUUUUCUUUCGUUCUUUUUCUUUCUUUCUUUCUUUCUUUUCUUGUUUCUUUCUUUUUCCUUCAGUUUUUUAUUCUUUUUUUUCUCAUCAUGCUUACUUAUUUUUUCUCAUCCUCCUCUGCUUUCCCCUUUGCUUUUCACUUUCUUUCUUUCUUUCUUUCUUUCUUUCUUUCUUUCUUUCUUUCUUUCUUUCUUUCUUUUCCCUCCUUAUUUAUUGCUUGUUUUCCUUUCUGUCUUGCAUUUCUUUCAUUUUUCUUCUUUCUUCUUCCAACGGAACCAUGA